CGGCAUGGCCACCACGUCGGCCGAGAUCGAGCUGCCCGACGUGGAGCCCGCCGCCUUCCUGGCGCUGCUGAGGUUUCUGUAUUCAGAUGAAGUUCAAAUUGGCCCAGAGACAGUUAUGACCACUCUUUAUACCGCUAAGAAGUACGCAGUCCCUGCCUUGGAAGCGCACUGUGUGGAAUUUCUCACCAAACAUCUCAGGGCAGAUAAUGCCUUUAUGUUACUUACUCAGGCCAGGUUGUUCGACGAGCCUCAGCUGGCCAGUCUGUGUCUGGACACGAUAGACAAGAGCACGGCGGACGCGCUGAGCGCCGAGGGCUUCACGGACAUCGACGUGGACACACUGUGUGCAGUUCUGGAAAGAGACACACUUAGUAUCAGAGAGAGUCGACUUUUUGGAGCUGUUGUACGAUGGGCAGAAGCGGAAUGUCAAAGACAACAAUUGCCCGCGACUUUUGGGAACAAACAGAAAGUUCUGGGAAAAGCGCUGUCCUUGAUCCGGUUUCCGCUGAUGACCAUCGAGGAGUUUGCAGCAGGGCCCGCUCAGUCCGGAAUUCUGUCGGAUCGGGAGGUGGUCAACCUCUUCCUUCACUUCACGGUCAAUCCGAAGCCCCGGGUGGACUACAUCGACCGGCCGCGGUGCUGCCUGCGGGGCAAGGAGUGCUGCGUGCGGCGGUUCCAGCAGGUGGAGAGCCGCUGGGGCUACAGCGGCACGAGCGACCGCAUCAGGUUCACAGUUAACAGAAGAAUCUCUAUCGUCGGAUUUGGUUUGUAUGGAUCUAUCCAUGGACCCACGGAUUAUCAAGUGAAUAUACAGAUCAUUGAAUAUGAAAAGAAACAAACCCUGGGGCAGAACGACACCGGGUUCAGUUGCGACGGCACCGCUAACACGUUCCGGGUCAUGUUCAAAGAGCCUAUUGAGAUCCUGCCCACCGUGUGCUACACAGCAUGCGCGACACUCAAAGGCCCAGACUCCCACUACGGCACAAAAGGCUUGAAGAAAGUCGUGCACGAGGCGCCCGCUGCUGGCAAGACUGUGUUUUUCUUCUUCAGCUCCCCGGGCAAUAACAACGGCACCUCCAUAGAAGACGGACAGAUACCGGAAAUCAUAUUUUAUACAUAACCCAGCGUUCUGCUGCGCCUUGAGUGAAGAGCACCAGAAGUCUAGUCUCGAAGGCGUCUACCUGGCCACAAAAAAGUUUGCGUGUCAUGAAUGUUUAUAAUUGUAAGAUGAGAAACAUGUCGGUUUCUUAGAGGAGACGAACAACACUGAUUUAAAUUUCUGCAUGCUUUCAACGCAGAUGCUCCUUUUUCUUAUAACCUUAGGGGAAAAGAGAACUGGGUGUAACUUUUAAAAAAAACAGCUGUUUCAGCUUUAUCUUAUGAUUUCGUAGAUCAGCUGACUCAUGGUCUUUCCCGUCCUAUAACGGAAAGACUCCUGUCUUAGACGGCUGGUUUUGUUGUUGUAACUGUUGGUAGGUUAGAGGAGAGGGACCUACAGGCUUUUCUCGUUUGAAGAUGACAUGAGCUGAGACGGGUCAGAAUUCCUGCAGAAUUCCUAGUAAAUCAAAUAACGGAUUUCAGAAAACUAAGAACACUGGCCUUACAUUCGGAGUUUCAAAAUGCCUGCUUGUUAGCAUUCAGAAUCCUGCUAGAAGCAGGCCUGAUAAAUGCCCACCAGCAUUUUCAAUGCAUUUACAAAAAAGGGUAUUUUACAGUAGUCUAGUCCCGCGUCACACAGUCCAGCUUCACCCUACAGAUGGAGUUGGUACAAAUGCACAACAAUGUGACGGAAGCAGAGGAGGCGGAGGUGUCGUGUCCGGCUGGACUCCGUCUCUCCGAGCUGCACCGGUGCGCCUGUCCCUAGCCGUCCGGGGGAUGUUCCCGAGGGUGCGCGGGGCCGGGACGGCAGUGGCCACGGCGACCGGCUCAGCGGGCAGCCAUUCAGCGUCGUGGCCGGGAUCUAACUCUGCAGGAAACCGAAUAAAACACUAACCUUUCUAACAACACCCUUGACGUUUUCAAGACGUCCAGCACCAUCACUCCUGCUGAAAAGUGUACUUCCUGUCACCUACAAAGCUCACCCACCAAAUGAGAUAAUGGUCCGUGCUGUGACCUCAUUCGUGUCACGUCAGCUGUAUCCGGAGCGGAGAGGGGGAUACCUGGCAGAGUAACAUUUAUAUACUUCUUUAUAAGGCAACAUUUUUAUAUAAAUACCAUCUUCUUCCCUUGAAAGUGAUUAUCUUGUUAAAAAAACCCUAUGUAAUUAAGUUUAAGAUAUAUCAAAUAGUUUGGGAAGAUGGUUAAAAAAAAACAAUUCUUUAACAGCUUGAAAGAAUUGAAGAUUUCUAAAUCAUAGUAACCAGGACAAAAAAAUUCACUUAAAAUAGUACUUCAUUUUAUACAUUCAACAAGGCAGUGAUGUGUGUUGGUGGCGGAGGUCGCAAAACCGCUGAAGCAGGGAAACUUCUCCGGUAACAUCGUCCGGUUACAAACCUCAGUUAACUGGUAACCACUGAGUAAGCAGCACCUGCUGCAGGAACCAGUAGGGAAAGUACUUCCACCUUAAAAAGUGUGGAAUAGGUAAGUUCGUGGUUUUGUCAUUUGAGGCAUUUCAAGUGUGUGGCACCGAACAGGGAUUGCAACCGAAGGUGCUGCAGAACGUGUGAGACACAGAACUGUUUACGGAUCUGGGACAUCCCCUGGAAUUUUUAAAAUAAAUAUUAUCCUUUUAUUUAUA